AUGGGGGACCAGAAGCAGGAGCAGAGGAGUUCCCCUGUCAAGGACUCUCUGAUCCAGGGCUGUGGCCAGGAGAUCGAUGAGUCUUCCAACUUGAGUCGCAGGAAGGAAAAGAAAGGCUCUCUGGGGCUAGGAAGCUUCAAGAAGGCCUUCUCACGAAAGAGUUUUCUAGAUGUGGAAUCUGGGGACCACAUGGUAGAGAAGAGGCCUUUCCGCAGGAGUUCACCUUCUCUCCCCAGCUCUUUCCAAAAGGUGGAGGAGAAAGAGGCAGACAAGUCUCAGAAGCCAUCCAGUGGUGCUCAGAUGAGACCGCAGGUGUCCUCUGAAACAGAGUCUCUGAAGGAGGAGGAGUCUGAAGCAGAUUCCUUCAGCACGACCCUGCCAGCAAGAACAAAGGACCCCCAGCAAGAGAGACAAAGAACCCCCAGCAAGCCUUGCUCUCCAACCCAGAGCCAGAGGGAUAGGAAGCUUAGUGUUGACUCCACAAACUCUUGCCCUGGAAAGGAGGAUGAAAAUGUUCUUGGGCUGGCCAGCUUCAAGAGGGCUUUUUCAAGGAUGAGCAAGAGGGAAGGUAGCACCAGCAGCCAGGUAGCUGAGGAGGGCAACUUUCAUCGAAAGAGCUCACGCUUCUGGUCUUUCAGGAAAAAUGAGGAAGAGGUGACUAACCAACUUCCAAGGCUACCAAAGGGAUCCCAGGGGUCCUCUGGAAAAGAACUCCUAGGGACCAAAAUGGAGGUGGAGGAAGAAAAGCCGGUGUGUGAUCUCAUCGCUGAACGGCAGCUGCUGGAGGCCUUUUCCCAGCUAUGCCAGCUGGAGGCCAGACUUGUGGAGGACCAGCGCUCAGGAAGGUUCAAGGAUGACGUGACCACCUAUGUUCGCCAGGCCAUGGACAUCUGUGUUCAUUAUGAUUUGAUGGCGGCCGAGAUCAGGAACAUUGUGGGGGAGACGCUGAGCCAGCCUGGCGUGGACUCAGAGGCUCUUCUGUGCCUGGCACCCCUGAUUGAGAAGGAGGAGGAGGUUCACAAGGGGGACCUGCCUGACGGCGACUUCCUAAGAGCUCCUCGGAAGUGGAGGACCCUAUGGGAGGAGGCGGUGAAGAAGAGCGCCUCAGAUCAGGUGGGGAAGGUGGGCCAGGGCAUGAGCAAACCUAGCCUGGCCAGCCUCCUCUCGGUCCUCGGCAGGGUGGUCAAGCAGGACCUGGUGAAGAUCCGGCAGGAGGUGCAGCCCUGCUACCCAGAGGACUUCCCUGUGUGGAAGACCUAUGUGGAUGCUUUCCAUGGAGCUGUGUCUGCCCGGCUUCAGGAGUUCUUGCAGGAGGCCCAGGGCUUUGAGCAACUCUAUGUGAUAAUGGACUGGGUAGCCAAUGUCUACUGCAGCAAGGACUUCCUGGGCUCCCCGGACCUGGCACUAGAUAUGACUACAAUGCCAAAGCUGCUGGCACCCGAGGUAUGGGAAAAGCUGGAAAGUGACUACACCAAGUUCCUGGAGACCAAGAUCAACACCUGCUUUGAUGGCAUUCUGAAGCUGGAACUGGACCGGUGGUCAGAAAGGGAAGUCCCCACCCCGCUUCAGGGUCUCUACCACUCCCCCAUCUCCAUCGACAUUCACAUGCUGAUUGGGGAGCAUGUGAACACAGCCCGGGCCAUCUCCUCGGGGCUGGAGGCCACCACACUGCAGAUCUUGGAGAAGUUACUGAAUGAAUUCAUCCUCAGGUUUGAGAAGAGGUUCUUGGAUUCAGACUCUGCGAAGGAUCAGACCCUGUUCCUGCCCUACCUCUGUGCCUACAUCACUGCCUUCCAGGAGCUGAAGACCAACCUACCGGCCAAAUUCUCAAGCAGCUUUAAGAAUGUGGGAAAUACCCUGUCUGAGGUAAUUAGAAGAUUCAAAAAUCGAAUGCUGGUCCAUUUACAUCAAGAAACACAGGUCCUAUUCAAGGAUGUGGGCAGCAAGGCUUGGGUGACUUCCGACAAGCUACAGCCAAUCAUGGAGAAGACUGUCGCCUUUGCCCAGCACCUGAAGCACCUGGUUCAGCCCCACAGUCAGGAGUGUCUUCAGGAAACCCACUGCUAUGUGAUUCGGGAAUAUGUGGCCCAUGUGCUGAGGCCACGAGAACGGCUUCGAGGAGCAGAUCGUAUGGCCAGUGCCCAGAAGAUGAUCCACGAAUCGGAUGCCAUUGGCUCUACCUUUCAAAGUCUGGGCUCGGAAGCCUCUUGGCUGGGUUUGGCGAUCCCUUGCAUCUCACACAUCCUGUGUGAGACCUAUAAAGAGGACAUUAGAAAACAUAUCGAAGACCUCAUCAGGGGUUACCCGGACAUCAGGCAGGAGCACGUGGCUGCCAUUUUAGCCCUUCGGAAUCUGGGCCGAAGACAAAACCAGCUCCUCCUUCGUCAUGCCCAGGCUCUGCUAAAGAAGGCACCAAAGACUUUCCCGGGCCAGGCGCUCUUUGAGGAGAUUGAUGUACCCGCAUCUGUGGAAGUGCUCCUCACCUGCAUCUAGAAAUCAGCAUGGAUGAGAGGAAAAGCAGGGCCUGUGGGGUCCCACAUCCAGUAUUCUUACAGGUGGAAGACGACGGACCCCCUUAGAGCGGGCUCUUCUUGGAGCUGAAGACCCCAAGGACUGGGGAAAGGGACAGAGGGAUUCCAGAAAGCACAGAUGUCCCUCCCCGCCGAGAAUAAGGGGAAGGUGUUAGUUCAGCAACCCUGGUCUCCCCUUCUUGACCUUCCUUUUUUCUCCAUUCCAGUGUCUCCCUCUGCUUCCUCCAGUUAGGUCUCAAGAUUCCCCUUUCCUGCUCCUAAGCACCUGGUUCCGCCUAUUUCUAAGAAAUUAGAAGAUAAACAUAUUCCCUCUCAAGUGGGAAAGACUGUGUAUGCUUCUCCAAAGAAGGGACUCUUUCCUUUAAACAGGAGCCAGGCGAGGGCAAUGCUGAGCCCAGACAUGGAAAACACAAAUAGCGAAAUUCUAGGAAGACAAAAUACAAUAGAAUAAACAUUUUUCAAGUGCCCUCUAUAUGGAGGAAGAACGGAGACCCUGGGAGACAGAGAGUUUAGAUAAGCUCAUGUCCCCACCAUUGUGGUACUCACAGUCUUGUACUGAAUCACAUACCAACACAGACAACUAUGUAGGUAAUUAAUUCAACAUCUAUUAAACCAUACUGUGUCCUAUCUGAGCACUGGGAGAGAUAAAAAGUUUAGCUAAGAUAAGGUCCUUGACUUUAUGAAGCUCACAGUCUAGCAUGGGGGUAAGAUGCCAUAAGAAGUUGUAAUAUCCAACAUUGCCUAAGUAAUAUUGUUAUGUAUUACGUGUGGUCCAAUAUGGGAAGUUCAGUUCUAACUGGGGUGAAAUCAGGGAACUGGGUUGAGACCAGGGGCUUCCUUCCCCUGCAUGUAAGCAGAGCCUGACAGGGACGACUGGAGAGAAGACCCCUAGAAUGCCCGUAGCUCCAACCAGUCAUGCCCAAAGCUCCUGGGGCGCAGGAGUUGGGGGAAGGGGGAUAUGAUAUAAAUACCUGAAUCAUCCAUCCUCUCUAGGAAGCAGAGAACUCUUCCCAGUCAUGACAUGUAAACCAACUCCAUGAGGAGCCCACCUUCACAUGCCAAAUGUUCUAUAUUUAUUUUUAAAAAUAAAAUUGUAUUAGAUGAGAAUUCUUUGAAAAAACUGGUGAUUGGAGAGGCUGCUUUGGAGUUAGGAAAGACCUGAGUUCAAGUUCUGCCCCUAACACUACUCCCUCAAGCCUCCUCCCUACUCUGGCAUAUGGAGAUGGUUGCAAUGCCCUCAAUUUCCCUAUCAUCUAUGAAUAUUAAACCUACGUGGCUCAGAACUUGAAUAUUCCUCUCUUAGACUACAACCUCUUAUCCUUCUGUCUCAACCUCCAUCUCAUUUCUCCUAAACCUAUUCUUCUUCCUAAUUCUGAUCUCUAGUCAUACCCCCCCAACCCCCUUGCCCACUUUCCUAGUCUAUCACUCCUCUUCUGGCAUAACAUUCCUCCCUUCAAGAUCUUGACCUUAUAAUAGUCGACAAGUUCAAUUACACACUAGGAAAGUCUCCCCUUGACUCCCUUGCCCCCUUCUCCCAUCUUUGCCUGUGCCUUUCCAAAGCCCACUCUGGGUUAUCCCCACCAUCUUUCCUUCUUUGCACCUGUCCAUAAGUGUCCUGGAAAAAGUCACAUGAUAUUGUUGAAUCCACAACAAAUUAAUACCAGCUGAUCGAUCUUGACGGGGCUUUCACCACUACAUGGCAAUCCUUUCUCUCCUCCUUGAUUGAUUCCCUAUUGAACCCCCCACAGAACCUGUUCCAAACUCUCUCCUUAAGCUACUUCCACCUCUACCUCCGUCUGUCCCCUAAUUCUCAUAUUCUAUAGAGGGAAUCCAUCUCGAGCUCCUAUUUCUCCUUAAUUUCUAUACCUCAAAUCCCCCUUUUCUUCUCUUUUGUUUCUACCUCUGAGGAAGACAUUAACUUUUUCCUUGCCAAGCCCAACUCUCUUACUUAUGGCCAUCCCUCCAUUCCCUAUCUCUGGUUCUCCUCCAGGAGUUUGCCCCAUCACCUUUUCUCCUUCUCUAAUUUUCAAUCUCCUUCUCUGCUUUCUAACAUAUCUCCAGAUUGCUUCCAUCCUUUAAACACCCACACUUGAACAUGUCUUACCCUCAAGCUAUCAUUUUGCUUUUCUUCCUCCUUCCCCUCCCACACUAUUCACAAAAACCUAGGAAAAGCCAUCUAUGCUCUGUCCCACAUUUCUCACUUCUUCCUUUGCAAUUUGGUUUCUAACCUCACGUUUAAAUGAAAUUUCUCACUCCAUAGUUACCAAAGAUCUCUUAACUGUUCUUUACAAUUCUUCUUGACUUUUUAUCUUUUAGUACAGUUGACCACCAUCUACUAGAGCCUCUCUCUUCCCCAGGUUCUUGGGACAUCACUUUCUCCUGGUUCUUCUCUACCUGUCUGAUUGAUCCUUGUCAGGAUGCUUCAAAGGAUGGUCAACUACAUUGUGUCCCUCAAAUGUAGCUAAGUCCUGAGGGAGCUCUUUGUUUCCCUCUGUCUCUGUCUCUCUCAUCAGCCUAUGGGUUCAGUUAUGAUCUUUAUCCAAAUAACUCCUGAAUCUACAUUUCUAACCCUCAGCUCUAUCCCGUACUCAAAUUCUGCACCUCCGGCUGCCUGUUUGCCAUCUCCAAAUGGAUGACCCAAAGGCAUAAGCCAAACUGAAUUCAUUAUCUUUCCUUGAAUCUAUAUACUUCUUCCAAACUUCCUCUUUUCCAUCAAGGGCAACUUCAUCCUUCCAGUGACCAGAUCUAUGACCUUGGAGUCUUCAAUACAUCACUCUCCAUCAUCCCCCUAUCUAGUUAGUCAUCACCUCCAUAUUUCUACCUUCACAACAAGUCUCAAAUCUGUUACUUUCUCUCCAUUCACACAGCCAUCACCUUAGUCCAAACCUUUAUCCUCUCUCACCUAGACUAGUCAAUUCAAUAAACAUUUAAUAAGCAUGUGCCAGAUGCUGGGGAUACAACCGUUGAGGGGG